AAUGAGAAUUCACUGAUCCGAUCAACAAAUUAUUCGCCAGAUCUUUUGGGCUGUGCCAAACAUCGACAACGGACACAUCUCCCUCGACCAACCCUCGAAGCAUUAGCUUGCUUCACCUCCACCCUCCUCUGCUCCCAUCACGUCCUCCUCCACAAUGGCAUCCCAACCCUCUCAGCAAUUCGCAUGUUAGUAUCUCUCUACAUAGCGCAGCUGCACGCGAUCGCCGUUUUUCUCCAUCCGCCUUCGUGUCGAUUUUCCGGAUGUGGAUCGGAUUGGAUGCGUCGGACUUGGUGGGAUGGAUGAGCUGAUGACAGAGGAAUAGAUGCACAUCGAGGGAGUGCUUCUCUGUAGACCGUGUUUGACGGAACAGGGGGACACAUUUUCGCCUGGUGAAGCCGUGGCGGAGGGAUCGUCCGGCGCCGAGGGUCGUGUACAUCAUUCUCGCGUUUUAUACGUGCUUUUGGUUGCUGUUUCGCUGGCUCAGUGCGACGUCAGACAUGCGCGGCUGUCCCUAUGUACCGUCGUCGGGCAUGCCCGUUCCAGCAUGUUCUGAUCGCAUCGACGGGAGACUCUUUGUGCCGUCGCUGGCUCAUUAGCUCCAGCCACAUCCCGAUUCGUUCUAAUGACCUUUCCUCCAUCUUUUCUCGAUGUUCAUUUCGACGUAUGCUCUGUGAUCUGACGACGUUUCCAGUCCGUGCUCAAAAAUCCCUCGGCCUCGUUGGUGGCUCGCCCGAGUAUCUCCCCAUCUCCAACUUUCAAGGCCCAGAUGUUCCCGCGCGGAUGUAUCACUACAGUGCUGAUGGACGGCUGUACGCUUAUGCCUUGCCUGACGUGGUGCGGAUAUUCCAGGCAGAGGGCGCGCAGCUUCUCCAGGAGCUUCCUAUCUCACAAAUUCUGGACCUCAAGUUCUCGCCCCGCGGGACUUAUCUCUCCACAUGGGAACGCCCUGUCAAGCUUGAAGACGGCGCGCAGCACAAAAACCUUCGCGUGUUCUCUUGCUCAACUGGAGAAGAGCUGGUUUCCUUUAGUCAAAAGGGCCAAGAAGGCUGGGAUCUGCAAUACACGAUCUCUGAAUCGCAUGCCAUUCGGCUCGUCGGGCAGGAGAUCCAGGUCUUCCGACCUGCCGAAUGGUCCAGGGGAGUCGUGGACAAGCUGAAGGUUGAAGGAGCGAGCAGUGUCUCCUUGAGCCCGGGCUUGAAUCCUUCCGUCGCAGUGUUCAUUGCUGAGAAGAAGGGUCAACCAGCUAGCAUCAAAAUAUACGGAUUGCUCACGCUCAACAGCCCGCCUACAUGCCAGAAAACAUUCUUCAAGGCUGACCGCGGCACGAUCAAAUGGAACGAUUUGGGGACACAGGUGCUAUUGUUGACCCAGACGGAGGUGGAUAACUCGAACAAGAGUUACUACGGAGAAACGGGGUUGUAUCUGCUGAGCGCGGCUGGAAACUUCGAUUGCCGCGUGACGCUGGAUAAGCAGGGGCCCAUCCACGACUUUGUGUGGAAUCCGACCUCGAAAGAGUUCGGUGUCGUCUAUGGAUUUAUGCCGGCCAAGACCAUGCUCUUCGAUCAACGAGUCCGGUCCAUACAUGACUUCGGGACCUCGCCCACCAACUUUAUAUCCUUCAAUCAGCAAGGGCGUCUAAUCGCGCUGGCGGGUUUCGGUAACCUGGCGGGCAAGAUGGACAUCUGGGACCGGCGCACGCUGACCAAAGUGUGCACCAUCGAUGCCCCCAACACUUCGUAUUGCGACUGGUCGCCCGACGGCCGUUUCCUCAUGACGGCCACCCUAUCGCCCCGGCUUCGUGUCGACAACGGAAUCAAGAUCUACCACUGCACGGGACCUCUGAUGCACGUGCAGCUCGUGGAGGAGCUCUACCAGGCGUCCUGGCGGCCGACCCCCGUCGACAAGGUCGCAGCGUUCCCAAUGAACCUGCCGCCAGCGCCGGCUGCCAGCGCCAGUGUGCAGCAGCACGCGGCCAUCGCCAAGCCGACGCCGACACGGCCGGCCGGGGCCUACCGGCCACCCGGUGCGCGUGGUCUGGCGACGCCGGCGAUCUUCAAGCGCGAAGACGAAGGCGGCGCGGCUCGGGUGCCGACGAACGGGACCAACUCGCCUUCACGCUCGUUCAACCGCAGCCCCGCUCCACCGGGCAACGGAUUCCAGAACGGGUCGUACAACUCGCCCGGCCAAAACGGCGCGGCGCGGCGCCACGUCCCGGGCGCAGCCUCGCCGCAGCAUUCGCCGAGCCCAGGUCCGGAGGGGGAGACGAAGAAGAACAGGAAGCGUAAAGGCAAGAAGGAGGCUGUGGACGACCAGCAGCAUCAGCAGCAGCAGCAGCAGCCAGCGGCCGGCACUGCAGCUGGGCAUGGCAGCAACGGGAACCAGAAACGGAAGGGCAAGGCUGCGGAGGAGGCGCCGCUUGCUGAGGUCGAGGCGAACGGGAAGCCCAAUGGCAACGGCAACGGAUCGCUGUUCAUCCCGCCGCCGGGGCUCGUCGUCGACGCUGACGUGCCACCGACACCAGGACUCGACAGUGCCUUGGAUCCCAUUGCCAAGAAGGCCCGCAAUCUGAACAAGAAGCUCAAGGCGAUUGAUGAGCUGAAGGAAAAGUCGAAGCGCGGCGAGCGGCUGGAGGCCACGCAGCUCAAGAAGAUCGAGGGCGAAGCAGAGAUACGGAAAGAGCUCGCUGCUCUCGGGUUAUAACCGGGGUAACCAGCAGCCUGUCGGUCACGUAGCUUUGUUUUCUGCUCUUUGUUGUCUUAUAUUCACUCGUCCCGAUUCAUGGCAUUAUUUAGAGAACACGCUAGCAUUGGCGUGCGA